UUCUUAGUUGGCUUGUGGGGGGCAAUUUUGGGAAUUAAAUGGAUAAUUUAGGUAUCGGCCAUCUAUUAAAGGAAGUGACAAUGCAACCCCCCCUAUUGAAAUAUUCCAAGCCAAAAUUAGGUAAUCACAGAAAAAGAUCCAAGCUAGGAGAGGGAGAGAUGGAAUUAGCUAAAGUUUUCCACAUGAAUGGAGGAACUGGAGACGCUAGCUAUGCAAAAAAUUCUCUGCUUCAGCAAAAGGGGAUUCUCAUGACAAAGAAAAUAACAGAUGAAGCUAUAACUGCUCUCUACCGCAGCCAUUCCCCAGAAACAAUAUGUAUUGCGGACAUAGGUUGUUCCUCUGGGCCUAAUACUUUCUUGGGGGUCACUGGACUUAUUAAAACUAUUCAUCAAGAAUGCAAAAGCAAUGGUCACCAGUCACCGGAAUUUCAUGUUUUCUUGAAUGAUCUUCCCAGCAAUGAUUUUAAUAGCGUUUUUCGAUCGUUGCCAGCAUUUCACGAAGAUUUAAAGAAACAAAAUAUGGGAGGAGAAGGAUUUGACCCUCCUAGUUGCUUUGUAGCAGGAGUUGCUGGGUCGUUUUAUAAUAGAAUUUUCCCUUCCAAGAGUCUCCAUUUUGUCCUCUCCUCUAACAGUCUCCACUGGCUUUCUCAGGUGCCUGAUGGAAUAGAGAAUAAUAAUGGGAAUAUUUACGCAACAAAUACAAGCCCACCAAACCUCCUUAAAGCAUACUAUGAGCAAUAUGAAAGAGAUUUUGUAAUUUUUCUCAAGUAUCGUUCAGAUGAGUUGGUGAAAGGUGGGCGUAUGGUAUUAACCAUGGCCGGCAGAAAAAAUGAAGAACGCAGCUUCAACGAAGGAUCUCGUUACUUGUUGGAGCCCUUAGUUAGGGCCCUCAAAGACAUGGUUGCCGAGGGAUCAAUAGAAGAAGAGAAAGUGAAUUCAUUCAAUAUUGCUGCAUACUGCCCAUGUCCUGCAGAAGUAAUGUAUAUAGUUGAUAAGGAAGGAUCUUUCACCAUUGAUGUUUUGGAAACUUUAGAAUUCCAUAUGGAUGCUUCUGAUGGAAAUUACAAUAUGGUACAAGGCUUGAGAGCUUUUGUUGAGCCUUUGCUUAUCAGCCAUUUUGGUGAUGAUGAAUUGAUAAAUCAAGUGUUCCACAAGUGUAGAGAUAUCUUUGUCAAUUGCAUGCCUAAAGGGAAAAUUAUGUUCACAAGCGUCAUUGUCUCCUUGACCAAAAAAAACUAAGACAUGCCACUAUUUACCCGUGUCUAUAUAUAUAUGUUUUCCCCUUGGUGCACCAAAGGAAAUGAGGGAUAAGAUUGCUAUUCCUCAAUUGUAUAAAGUUUCUAUUGAUCUUUGCAGAUUAUUGUCUAGUAAUUUAAUACCAUUGAAUAUGUAUCACUCAUCAU